AGACAUCCCCACGUGUGUGGUCUACAAUCUCAAUUCAUUUCACAGCACAAACAUCUCUGGAUCAAAUCUUCAGAGAGUAGUAACUGAGAAAUGGAACUUUCUUCUUCUCUCAAGCUUUCAUCGCCGUUAUCUACUUCCAUCGUCAACAACAUUCAGGGUUCUUCAUCAAGUUAUAAAGUAAAGUUCUCAAACAACACUUCAUCACUUCCUAAACCGUUUCUUCAACUCGAUGAUAGAAGCAGACGUCUCCGUGACCAACAAGUUUCACAUACCUCUGUCUAUCUAAGAUCAUUUAGAAAACGGGUCACUGCGAAAUCAGGAUCACAAGGUUGGGACAUUGGUAGAUUCAUCAAAACAUUGUACUUCUUCAACGGACCACCCUCUCCUCUUAAGUUUGUUUCAUCAGUGUUUGAGAAGCUUACCAACGGAUCAACUGAGGAACCUGUUAACGAAAUGGAGACUACUGAAAUCAUACUUGUGGCUGGAGCUACUGGUGGUGUUGGAAGAAGGGUUGUUGAUAUUUUGAGGAGUAGAGGGUUACCUGUUAAAGCAUUGGUUAGAAACGAAGAGAAGGCUCGGAAAAUGUUAGGACCCGACAUUGAUUUGAUUGUGGCAGACAUCACAAAGGAGAACACACUGGUUCCUGAGAAGUUUAAAGGAGUGAGGAAAGUGAUCAAUGCUGUGUCUGUUAUAGUCGGUCCAAAGGAAGGAGAUACACCCGAGAGAGAAAAAUACAAUCAGGGAGUCAGGUUCUUCGAGCCAGAGAUAAAAGGAGACUCACCCGAGUUAGUGGAGUAUGUUGGAAUGAAGAACUUGAUCAAUGCUGUUAAAGAUGGUGUGGGACUUGAGAAUGGGAAGCUUCUUUUUGGUGCUGGGGAUAACACAUUCAAAGAUCUACCUUGGGGAGCCUUGGAUGAUGUUGUGAUGGGAGGUGUCAGCGAAAGUAACUUCAUCGUAGAUCUAACCGGCGGUGAAAACGGUGGACCUACCGGCAUUUUCAAAGGAAAUGUAUCAACCACAAAUAAUGGCGGAUUCACUAGUGUUAGAACCAAGAACUUUUCAGAGGCAGAGGAUCUCUCUGCAUAUGAUGGUUUGGUGUUACGGCUAAAAGGAGAUGGACUCCGUUACAAGCUUAUCGUCCGGACAAACCAAGAUUGGGACACUGUUGGUUACACUGCUAGUUUCGAUACUUCACCAGGCCAAUGGCAAUCUGUGCGCUUACCUUUCUCGUCUUUAAAACCUGUGUUUCGUGCAAAGACAAAGUCAGAUGCACCUCCUUUUAAUCCAGCCAGUAUCAUUUCCCUACAGCUUAUGUUUAGCAAAUUUGAGUAUGAUGGUAAGCUUAACCCCACUUUCAAAGAAGGACUAUUCGAGCUUCCUCUCUCGAGCAUUCGAGCAUACAUUGAAGAGCCUCUAACUCCAAGGUUUGUUCAUGUUGGCUCUGCGGGUGUAACCAGACCAGAGAGACCUGGUUUGGACCUAAGCAAACAACCUCCUGCCGUGAGAUUAAACAAGGAGCUUGAUUUCAUUCUCACCUACAAGCUAAAGGGAGAGGAUCUGAUACGUGAAAGCGGGAUACCAUAUGCGAUUGUACGGCCAUGCGCUUUGACAGAAGAACCUGCAGGAGCUGAUCUCAUUUUCGAUCAAGGAGACAACAUUACGGGGAAGGUCUCGAGAGACGAGGUAGCACGUAUAUGCAUCGCUGCUUUAGAAAGCCCGCAUGCUCUAAACAAGACAUUCGAGGUUAAAAGUACGGUUCCGUUUAGCGAACCGUUCACGGUAGAUCCUGAGAAUCCUCCACCAGAGAAAGACUACAAUGAGUACUUCAAGAAUCUGAAAGAUGGAAUCACUGGCAAAGAAGCUUUGGAACAGAGCACUGUCUCUGUUUAAAAAAUCAGUACGUUGAAACGGUGGAGACCAGAGUCCGCUUUUCUGGUAAUCGAAUUGGAACUCAGACACACGUGGAGGAUGAGACAUUGGUGUAUUCUUGUAAUAAUUAAGAAGUUUGAUGGAGACUUUUUAUAGUAAUGGCAAAGUAAUGGAUUUUCAUCGAGAGGAAAGGAGCGAGCACACAACAUUUGUCUUUCUCCUUUCUGUUUUGUUUCUUUUCUAAUAGAAAGAUGCUUUGUUUGUGGACGAAA